CUUCUCAUGUAACCCAAGCGUGUCUGAUUGUGCAUGAAGACUGAUCGUUGUCAGCUAGAGGUCCGAGAUCUAGGAAAACAUAACACGGCCACGGAGGAGAAUGACGACGAGCGGAUGUUGUAUGAUCGGGUUCCUUCUUGUGUUUCCAUUAGGAUAUGUGGAUAGUUCCUGUAAAAAUUUACUGGAAGGGAUGCAAGAUGGUUACAGGGUGAAAAGAACCGAUAAGGAAGUACAGUCCUGUAUUUACAUUGACCAAAGUAACAAAAGCAUAGAGAUAGGUGUGGGUACGGCCCAUCAUCAUCUUACAGACUGUGAGGAAUGCACGUGCCAGCUUUCAGGGGAGCUCCACUGUUGCACAUUUAGGGCAAAGACUGGACCUUCGUCAUAUCCGUCCACUUGUACACUUCUGGAGACCAGCAAUUGUGGAUACAGACUCGUUCUGAAGUCUGACGAAAGCUCCCCCUGUAUUGAGGGACCUAUCUACCCCCAGUCUACCCCCGGCAGUAUUACUGCGACUCGCAGUGCGCUGCCCGACACUACCAAGGCCUUUCAACGCAGAUCAGAAUCUAAGGAAACUAAUAGCGCGACGGGUUAUUCCGCGAACUUUUAUACGCCGUACAGCUUGUUGCUUUUCGUCAUGUCCGUGCUGUUGCGUUAGUGUGUCUUUUAUAAACUUUAUCAACUCCAAAAAGAUGAAGCAUGGGAUAUACAUGUACAUAUUUUUUUUAAAUAUGAUAAUCAUUUACAUGAAUGGACACAUUGUGAUAUAAAAUAGAUUUUAUUGGAUACAAAACAAACUCAAUUUAACGAAGUAGCCAGCGACAUUUCACUAGUUGAUUAUAUGUAAUCAAUAAAAUACAGCACUACAUUAAUAGCCUGUCAUGUAUUAAAUUGUACUACAGUGAAAACUGCCUACUCCCACUCCUGUUCAAUCCGUUUCACUUGCCAUUCUGAUUCUUAUUUUCAUUCUCAAUUUCAUAUUUCCAUUGUUUCACACCGUUUAUUCCGAAACACUGUGUAUUCUGCGACAAAAAUGUUUCCAAUAGCAUUUUGGAAUAGGCAGGUUUCACUAUAAAUACUUAUUACGAUGUUGAUGAUGUAUUUUUCCUGUGUGUUUUGCUAAAACUAACACUGUUAAUUGAAAUAAACAUAAUUAUUUUUA